GAAACACCUCGCGUCUCCUCUCAGCUCAGCACUCCAGUCAAGGCGGGCAUCAUUACUGCCUCCAUCGUCAUCUUUCUAGUCAUGCUCCUGCUGGUACUCGAGCAUACCUAUCUCCGCCGCAAAAGCUACGAGCGCGCACUCAAACGAGCGAUCGUCGAGGUGGAACGUGGAACUGAGCUAAAGAGAAUGACGGAGAGUGAAAGCAAAGAGAUCCUAGUGUUGGAGAGUGGAGUUGAGAAUAUCGUGGAUAAUGAAGGGCAGGACAGUAUGAGUGAAAGCUGGGACGGAGAGGGUCCAUGGGAUGCAGGUACAGUCGAUGAAGAUGACGCUGGAGACUUGAGUGAGUGGGGAAGAAGGCGAAGACGCGAGAUUGGGCGGAAUGGAAUGAGUCUUCCGCGAAGA